ACAUGUAGCCUACUGACACAAGACUGAGAAGAUGGUGUUAUAACAAAAUGAGAGGCUGGAGGCCACAGUCACUUCACCUGCAAGGAACUGUUUCACCAGGGGUGGCUCCUGGCUUUAAAACAGCAGAAGCCUGUGGUAAUGACCAGUGUUAAUGGCUGCCACAAACAUUCUAAGUGUGGUGGCAGCGUGACCGGCCUCAUGAGGCUCUAUGAGGAAGGCCAACACCAUGUCCAAGGAACACAACCUGGGUAAAGCCUUGUUGGACCUGCACACCUCCUCCCACUUGCAUCAGCACUGAUGACUGGUCCAGAAUCAGCCUCAGUCCACAGAGAUAAAAACCUUAUUAAAAAAAGAAUGUUUUAAGAAGGGAUUUAAAAGCAGUGACGGACUUAGCAAACCUAAUCUUAACAGGUUAGUUAUUCCAGAGUGUUGGGGCCCAGACAACAAAAGCCCAAUAACCCUUAGUCACCAGCCAGGCUCUGGGAAGGACCAGAGGGCCACUAUCCACAGAUCUAACUCCCAGGCUCACAGGGGAUUUGCAGAAAGGACAGAGGGAAAGGAUGGGCUGGAAAUAGUGGCCCACUGAACUAAAAUGGCUUUAUCGCUUUACCCACCUAGGCUAGGAAGAGAAGAAGUGUGAGAGGUGGUGAGAUCUGGUUCUGAGCAUUCCAUCAUGAGGAGGGAAUGGCACUGUGAGAUGGCAGAGAGUGAUAGAGGUGAACAGUGUAAAGCGUGUGAUAAAGAGUUUUGAGUUAUUGUACUAGACUCUAAAUAUAAUAUUGUGCUGUUACUGUCAGUUUACUUGCAUACAUAUAGUAUGUUUGCACAUGUAUUGCAACAUUAAAAGAGCUAUGUUGCUGCGCUGGAGUUUCACCAAGAUGGUUAGCUAAUGUCAUCAUGAAGAGCCAGGACCAGCAGAAGGGCCCACUGCAAAGAUGAGCCUCCAGUACUGGAAGCAGUGGGUAAAAGGGAAUAUUAGGUCUGGAUACAGAGAGCUCAAGGGAGUAAAAAGUGCACAUAACAUUUAGUGCUUUACUGUUCCCCUCUCACUCAUUUGUACAGUAAAGUGGUGCAUUGUGUUAGUGUGAAUGUGUGUUCCAGUCUGUACCGGCAGGAGCACCACAAAGAGGCCAUGUAGGAGCACAGCCAGAUCCACAGGACGAUGAUGAGGACAGACAAAUGGUCAAUGAGCUGAACCAGCAUGCCAUCAUGGGAGAGUUUGGAAAGAUGGCCCCAGUGGUGAGUGCAGACCUCCUGGACCCAUGUGACCCCCUGGACUGGCUAGAGCCCCUGGAGAGGCUAUAUGUGAGUAAUGAGGGAGCAGCUGGUCACGAUGGAGCUGCUGGACCCAAGGGAGAUCAUGGAGAAUCUGGCCCCUCUGGAGCCCCUGGUGCCCCCAGACCCACUGGUGCCCCCUGACCUGUCGGACCCACUGGAAAGAAUGAGAUCAUCACCGUGUGCACAUGCUGGUGUGACAGAGCUGACAGUGAGGUCUAAAGCGUUCCCACAUAAGUUCAAAGAACUACUGGCAGGAUACCAUAAGAGAGGUAAGACAGCUGAUGUUCUCAACAGAUGUGAAGACAUCAUUCAAAACAAUGCACAAGUCAGGGCCAAUAUAGCUAAAGAUAAAGCGGUGGGUAAGCUCAUACCAUACAACAAGAGGGAGUAAUUAGCUGGGCAGCCAGCUGGCAUGAUGUUGAAGUUGUAUUGUAAUGCAAAAAGGACUGUGCAAUGUAUAGGGGUGAAUUAUAUGACCAUUAGGGAUGGGAUGAGCCAAUAUAUGCUAUCAAUACAGUAGUAUAGUAUUGUGAUAUUUUUUUCAGUAUUGUCAUUUUUCAGUAUUGUUCCCACACAUUCAUUUAUUGUUCAUGCUCGGUCAUUUUUCUUUUAAAUUUUAGACUGACCAUACAGUGAAACUGGAGGUGCACCAAUGCCACUUUUUUCAAGUACAAGC